CAACGCAACACAGUUUCUUCUUUAAACAGCAAACGGGUGCGGUAAUGAGGGCAUUACGCGCCAGCUGACAGCACAAGUUGCCAACUUCUCACCUCCGUAAACACGCGAACGAAUGUGCACUUCACUAAUGACAAGGACCUCAAGAGCUGAACCUCCUUGGUUGCCUUAAUAACCCCGAGAGCGCUGGUGUAUUCUCACACUCAGUCAAGCCACCUGCCUCGAGUUCUGUCCUCUCCUCUCGGAUGAUCUGCGUCCGGUAUAUGUUUGCUCAACGGGACUAGUGUUCUCUCGGAGGUCGCGAACGAAAGGUGCGAUGAGGCUGCUCUGCUGGAGCGUUCUGCUGCUCAUCCAGUGGAUUCUAAGAAAGGUGCACGGCUUGGAGAAACAGGUGGGCAAAUCUCUGGAUUACCUGGAGCAUGGACCAUCCAGCACAGUCUUCAAGAGCCUCCCAUACGGCGUUCCCGCUCCAUCAGGUGGCGUCAAACCUCCACACCAGACCUCCAGGAUAUUCUCCACGCUGGACCACACGCCCUCGAAGCCCAAACCACCCACCUUCAGCUUCCAGAACCCCUACGAAUGGGUGCGAAACCAGUCGCAGCUCCUGGACCAAACGGGCUACCGUCCCAAACGCAAGCCCUCCCUCAAAACCUCCAAGACUAAAAAGAUCUUCGGCUGGGGCGACUUCUACUUCAACGUCAAGACGCUCAAGUUCACCCUUCUGGUGACGGGGAAGAUCGUGGACCACAUCAACGGGACGUUUACAGUCUACUUCCGGCACAACUCCUCCAGUCUCGGGAACGUUUCGGUGAGCAUCGUUCCUCCGUCCAAAAUCGUUGAAUUCGAGGUUCUCCAGAACCCUCUUCACUCUGAGAUCCAGUUCCACCAGCCGCACCAAUCCACCAUCGACCCCAAAGACGUCAAAACCUUCAACUGUCGCGUCGAGUACGAGAAGACGGAUCGCUCCAAGAAGCCCAAACCCUGCCUUUACGAUCCGUCCCAGACCUGCUUCACUGAAAACACCCAGUCGCACUCAUCCUGGCUCUGCGCCAAACCCUUCAAAGUCAUCUGCAUCUUCAUCUCCUUCUUCAGCAUCGACUACAAGCUAGUGCAGAAGGUCUGUCCGGACUACAACUUUCAGAGCGAAUAUCCGUAUUUGGGAUGAAGCGGAUGACAAUGUGCUGACAUUUUUUUGUAUAUAGAAAGAACCACCCUAAUCCGUUCAGCUCUUAAUAUUGAUUGCUUUGUCCGUUUUCGUCCGUUGACUGUUAGACCAACUUGGAACGUGUUGUUUUUUCUACUGAUCCUGCUUAUGUCUUUCAGAAUGGAUCUGAUGGUUCUGAUGCUGAGACGAAAACCAGCUCGAGGUUUCUUCAGAUAGCUACACUGAUAGCUUAUGACAAACCUGUUAAUGGCAGGGUUUCACAAACUCGACUGGUAGUUACCAUGCCAUCG